AUCAACAUUUAACGAAGAAAUUUGUGUAGAAUCAGUAUUGACUCUGCAGCUAUAAAAAUAAAGUGAAUGUACUAAUUCUAACAAAAUAAUAUGUCUAAGAUAAAUCCGCCUUGUGUGCCCGAAGGACUCCGCGAUAUUAUGAAAAAUCUUACAAAAGAAAUGUUGAAGAAAAAACCUUCAAAUAUUUAUGAGUUUUCGGCGAAUUAUUUUGAGUCUAUUAAUGAAGAAACUAUAUUUAAACAAAGAAACUUUGAAAUAACACCAAAUUAUGAAACUAUAAUUAAAAAUAGCAACGUGUCACUACAAACGCAGAUUCCUAUAUCUUUGAUUUACGGAAUUAUUCCUGAAGAGUUAAUUGUGCUUAUAAAAGAGUUUAUUAAAGCUGUGUUACGUUCAAGUCCAGAUAAUAUUUGUGAAUUUGCUGUACAAUAUUUCAAUAAUUUACAAGAAAAAUAUUACAGCACCAAUCGAUUAGUAGAAUAUGCCUCUUACGAAAACUAUCUUAAAACGACUCAGAGAUUUUCAUUCAACGCAGUUGAAAAGUGUAGUUGUGGUCGAAUUCUUACUCAAAGUCGGAGGAAGGAAAAAACAGCUUCCGAAUUUGAUUCCUCAAAUGAGUCCACCGAGAUAAGUCGUUUAGAUUUAUUAACUUUGAAUCAAACCAAUAAUCAGCAAUUGAAAACUGUAAAGAUAGAAUCUAAGAAUAUUUCUAAAAUUCUUUGCGUGUCAAAUAAAUAUUUUCAACGAAACUACUUGUCGGCUAUUGUUAUUAUUCAACGUUACUUCCGUCGUAUUUUAAAAAAGCGAAGAAAUGAAAAAAAAUUUCAUAAAGGAAAAGCUAUUAAAGCCGAAUCAUACAAAAAUAAAGUUUCAACAGAACUGGUCAGUAAAGUAUACAGAGAAACAAAGCCUACCCACAACGAGUGUUUGGGAGAUACAAGUUUUACAACGGCAAAUGAUGAAGAUGGUUCAUCGGCUGACAAAGAAGACGUAUACACGUUAGAUAAAAAUAAAACCAAUUCUGAAUCAAUUAGUGAUGAGAAUAAAAACCAGUCAGUACCAAUUGAUGAUACACGAGAAGCUUUCACACCUGAAGUCAAAAACGAAACUGCAUCUGACUCUAUUGACUAUAUAACAGAAAUUUCUAAGAUCCCAACGAAUGAAGAUUCGCGUACCAAUUUAAUCAACAAAGAAGAUGUAACCAAAGAUAAUGAUGAUGUAUUUCGUGACAUUUCAGCUCACAAAAAAGACGUAACCACAUUACAUAAUAAAAAAAAAAAUUUUGAAUCAGUUAGUGAUGAGAAUAAAAACCCGUCUGUACCAAUUGAUGAUGCACGAGAAGUUUGCUCACCUAAAGUCAAAAACGAAACCUCAUCUGACUCUGUUGAUGAUAUAACAGAAAUUUCAAAGACCACAACGGGUGGAGAAUACCGUACCAAUUUGGUCCACAAAGAAGAUGUAACCAAAAAUAAUGAUGAUUCAUUUCGUAACAUUCCGGCUCACAAAGAAGACGUAACCACAUUACAUAAGAAUAAAACCAAUUCUGAAUCUGUUAGUAAGGAGAAGAAACACCAGUCUGUACCAAUUGAUGAUGCAAGAGAAGCUGUCUCACCUGAAGUCAAAAACGAAACUGCAUCUGACUCUGUUGAUAUAAUAGAAAUUUCAAAGAUCUCAAUGGAUGGAGAACGCCGUACCAAUUUGAUCCACAAAGAACAUUUAACCAAAAUUAAUGAAGAUGUAUUUCGUGACAUUUCGGCUCACAAAAAAGACGUAACCGCAUUAGAUAAUAAUAAAACUAAUUUGGAAUCAGUUAGUGAUGAGAAUAAAAACUCGUCUGUACCAAUUGAUGAGACACGAGAAGCUUUCACAAUUGAAGUCAAAAACGAAACUGCAUCUGACUCUUUGGAUGAUAUAACAGAAAUUUCAAAGACCACAAUUGGUGGAGAAUCCCAUACCAAUUUGGUCCACAAAGAAGACGUAACCAAAAAUAAUGAUGAUGCAUUUCGUAAAAUUUCGGCUCACAAAGAAGACGUAACCACAUUACAUAAGAAUAAAACCAAUUCUGAAUCUGUUAGUAAGGAGAAGAAACACCAGUCCGUACCAAUUGAUGAUGCAAGAGAAGCUGUCACACCUGAAGUCAAAAACGAAACUGCAUCUGACUCUGUUGAUAUCAUAGAAAUUUCAAAGAUCUCAAUGGAUGGAGAACGCCGUACCAAUUUGAUCCACAAAGAACAUUUAACCAAAAUUAAUGAUGAUGUAUUUCGUGACAUUUCGGCUCACAAAAAAGACGUAAGCACAUUAGAUAAGAGUAAAACCAAUUCUGAAUCUAUUAGUGAUGAGAUUAAAAACCAGUUUAUACCAAUUGAUGAUGCACGAGAAGUUUUCACACAUGAAGUCAAAAACGAAACUGCAUCUGACUCUAUCGAUGAUAUAACAGAAAUUUCAAAGACUACAACAGGUGGAGAAUCCCGUACCAAUUUGGUCAACAAAGAAGAUGUAACCAAAAAUAAUGAUGAUUCAUUUCGUAACAUUUCGGCUCACAAAGAAGACGUAACCACAUUAGAUAAGAAUAAAACCAAUUCUGAAUCCAUUAGUGAUGAGAAUAAACACCAGCCCGUACCAAUUGAUUAUGCACUUGAAGCUUUCACACCUGAAGUCAAAAACGAAACUGCAUCUGAGUCUAUUUAUGAUAUAACAAAAAUUUCAGAGACUACAACAAGUAAAGAAUCCCGUACCAAUCUGGUCAACAAAGAAGAUGUAACCAAAAAUUAUGAUGAUUCAUUUCGUAACAUUUUGGCUCACAAAGAAGACGUAACCAGAUUAGAUAAGAAUAAAACCAGUUCUGAAUCUGUUAGUAAGGAGAAUAAAAACAAAUCUGUACCAAUUGAUUAUACACGUGAAGUUUUUACACCUGAAGUCAAAAACGAAGCUUCAACUGACUCUGUUGAUGAUAUAACAGAAAUUUCAAAGAAGUCAAUGGAUGGAGAACCCCGUACCAAUUUAAUCAACAAAGAAGAUGUAACCAUAGAUAAUGGUGAUGUAUUUCGUGACAUUCCGGCUCACAAAAAAGACGUAACCGCAUUAGAUAAUAAUAAAACUAAUUUGGGAUCAGUUAUUGAUGAGAAGAAACACCCGUCUGUACCAAUUGAUGAGACACGAGAAGCUUUCACAAUUGAAGUCAAAAACGAUACUGCAUCUGACUCUUUGGAUGAUAUAACAGAAAUUUCAAAGACCACAAUGGGUGGAGAAUCCCAUACCAAUUUGGUCCACAAAGAAGAUGUAACCAAAAAUAAUGUUGAUGCAUUUCGUAAAAUUUCGGCUCACAAAGAAGACAUAACCACAUUACAUAAGAAUAAAACCAAUUCUGAAUCUGUUAGUAAGGAGAAGAAAUACCAGUCUUCACCAAUUGAUAAUGCACGAGAAGCUGUCACACCUGAAGUCAAAAACGAAACUGCAUCUGACUCUGUUGAUAUAAUAGAAAUUUCAAAGAUCUCAAUGGAUGGAGAACGUCCUACCAAUUUGAUCCACAAAGAACAUUUAACCAAAAUUAAUGAUGAUUCAUUUCGUAACAUAUCGGCUCACAAAGAAGACGUAACCACAUUAGAUAAGAAUAAAACCAAUUCUAAAUCUGUUAGUAAUGAGAAGAAACACCAGUCCGUACCAAUUGAUGAUGCACUUGAAGCUUUCACGCCUGAAGUCAAAAACGAAACUGCAUCUGACUCUGUUGAUGAUAUAACCGAAAUUUCAAAGAUCUCAAUGGAUGGAGAAUCCCGUACCAAUUUCAUCCACAAAGAAGAUGCAACCAAAACCAAUGAUGAUGUAUUUCAUGACAUUUCGGCUCACAAAAACUAUGUAACCACAUUAGGUAAGACUAAAAACAUUUCUGAAUCAGUUAGUAAUGAGAAGAAAAACCAGUCCAUACCACAUGAAGCUUUCACACCUGAAGUCAAAAACGAAACUGCAUCUGACUCUGUUGAUGAUAUAAACGAAAUUUCAAAGAUCUCAACGGAUGGAGAAUCCCGUACCAAUUUCAUACACAAAGAAGAUGCAACAAAAACUAAUGAUGAUGUAUUUCUUGACAUUUCGGCUCACAAAAACUAUGUAACCACAUUAGGUAAGACUAAAAACAUUUCUGAAUCAGUUAGUAAUGAGAAGAAACACCAGUCCGUACCACUUGAAGCUUUCACACCUGAAGUCAAAAACGAAACUACAUCUGACUAUGUUGAUGAUAUAACCGAAAUUUCUAAGAUCUCAAUGGAUGGAAAAUCCCGUACCGAUUUGAUCCACAAAGAAGAUGAAACCAAAAAUAUUGAUGAUUCAUUUCGUAACGUUACGGCUUACAAAGAAGACGUAACCACAUUAGAUAAGAAUAAAACCAAUUCUGAAUCUGUUAGUAAGGAGAAUAAAAACCAAUCUGUACCAAUUCGUUAUGCACGAGAAGUUUUUACACCUGAAGUCAAAAACGAAACUACAACUGACUCUGUUGAACUUUCAAAGACCACAACGGAUGGAAAAUCCUGUACCAAUUUGAUCCACAAAGAAGAUGUUACCAAAAGUAAUGAUGAUGUAUUUCGUGACAUUUCGGCUCACAAAAUAUAUGUAACCACAUUAGGUAAGAAUAAAAACAUUUCUGAAUUGGUUAGUAAUGAGAAGAAACACCAGUCUGUACCGAUUGAUGAUGCACUUGAAGCUUUCACACCUGAAGUCAAAAAUGAAACUGCAUCUGACUCUAUUGACGAUAUAACAAAAAUUUCAAAGACCUCAACGAAUGAAGAAUCCCGUACCAAUUUAAUCAACAAAGAUGAUGUAACCAAAGGUAAGGAUGAUGUAUUUCGUGACAUUUCGGCUCACAAAGAAGACGUAAUUACAUUAGAUAAGAAUAAAAGCAAUUCAAAAUCGGUUAGUGAUGCCAUUGAAAACCAGCCUGUACAAAUUGAUGAUGCACGAGAAACUUACACUCCUGAGGUCAAAAACGAAACUGAAACUGACUCUUUUGACGAUAUAACAGAAAUUUCAGAGACUACAACGGAUGGAGAUUCUCGUACCAAUUUGGUUCACAAAGAAGAUGUUACCAAACAUAAUGAGAAUGCCAACCAUUCUGAUUUAAAUGAGGAUGUGAAAGAAGUUACAUCUGGAAUUAAAAAUGAAAUUGACGGUAAACAUGUUGCUGGCAUAAAUGUUAUUUUCAAACCCGUAACACAGGAAUCAUCGCCUAACAGUGGGGCUCACAAAGAAAAUUUAACCACUAUGUAUGUGAAUAAAAAUUAUUCUGUGGAAAUUGGUGGUGAAAAUAAAAGCAAUCCUAAGCCAAUUGGUAAUAUAAAUGAAGAUUUCCCAGCUGCAAAUAAAAAUGAAAAUAGAUUUGUGCUUGUUGAUGGCAAAAUACAUAUUUCAAACUCCAUAUCAGAUGCAGCAUUACUUAAAAAUUUUUAUCACGAAGAAAGCGUAACCAAAGAUCAUGAGUAUACCAACCAUUCUAUUCGAAUUGGUGAUGCAAAAGAAGAUAUUACAUCUAGAUUUGGCAAUGAACUUCAAUGUGAACCUGUUGUUUGCAUAACUGGUAUUUCCAAAACCGCAGAAGAGGAAGCAUCGUGGAACAAUGUGGCUCACAAAGAAGACUUAAUCACGAGUUAUAUGAUUAGAAACCAUUAUGAGACAAUUGGUUGUGAAAAUAAAAACAGUCCUAAGCCGAUUGAUAAUAUAAAAGAUGUUUUUACAGCUUCAACUAAGCACGAAACUGAAUGUGGAUCUGUUGAAGGCAUAUCUGAUAUGCCACAUUCUUUAACUCAUGGAACUUCACAUGCUUAUUUGGUUCACAAAGAAGAUGUAAUCCUAAUAUAUGAGAAUAAAAACGAUUCUGCUCCAAUAAAUGAUUUAAUAGAAGCACAAGCUGUGAAAUCUGAAAUCAAAAAAGAAAUUGAAUCUGAGGAUGUUGCCACCCAUUCUAAUGUAAUCAAAGAUGUAAAAGAACAGCUUACAUCUGGUAUCAAAAAGUAUAUUGAAUGUGGACCUGUUGUUUGCUUAACUUGUGUAACUGCAAGGAGUGAAGAAGUCUCACAGCAGGAGUUACUUAAUGAAGACGAUGAAUGGCGCACAAUUGAAAGCGAAAAGGAUUUUGGAAUGCAUUUGGAUAUGAAUCAUAGAGAAGCCGUAGAAUUGCAAUCAGUCGUUACUUCGCAAAAACAAGGUCAGCAUAAAGAUGAAGUGAAUGCUGUGGAUGCUGGUGAGGAAUGGAAAGAACACAAAGCCGAUUGUAGUACAACAUCUAAUAGAAAUAUUGAUAUACAAACCUCGUAUGGACGUUGCUAUCGAAGAAAAAAUUUUGAAAUUUGUAAUGAUAGAAAUAAGUCAAAACCACAAAACAAGGAUGAUGCUCUUAUAAGAUACUAUAAUAUUGAAAGGCCUGUGAAUGAGCGUUUCGCAGAAAUUCACUUAAAGUCUUUUAGAAGAGAUAUUACAAUACCAUGGUAUCUCAAUGACGUCUUCCUUGAAGAGAUUUCGCAUUACGAAGAUAGUAAUAAUAAAUGCAUGAAGGAUAUAGAGACAAUAUCUGGAAGUUAUCAUAUAAAUAAUACAUUACUAAUAAAUGGAAUAGUUGGAGAUGAACGUGAAGAAAUUGAUUUUUCCGAUAGUUUAGAAGAACGAAAUUUUGAGAAAGACUCUUUAGAAAUUAAUUCACCGAAAGAGACCGAUGUUGAUGAGGACUCAUUAGAAAUCAGUUCAGUAAUAGAAGACAAAUCUUCGGAGAGACUGAAAAAUAUUGCAGAAGAAAGGAUGGCUACAUAUUUUUAUGGAGUUCAUAUCCCGUCCAAAAAUAUUGUUCAAACACAGCCACCUUAUAAGAAGUCGACUGCUUUUAUCAUACCUUUUGAAUCCGAUGAACCUAUUUAUUUAUGUAAGAACGGAAAUUCUAACGAUAAUCUAUCGAAUAUUUCUCAUAAUACGGGAUGUCCCGAAGAUCUAUUAGAAAAGAUAAAAGAUUCCACUAUGAUUAAAAAAAAUACAAAUAAUUCAACUGAAAAAACAGAAGCUUUUGAUUUGUAUUCAAUUUUUAAACGUGUACCAACAUUGCGUGAUAUUGUACGCUUAUAUUUAUCUAAGACGAAUAGAACUAGAAUUCCUUGUAAUUCAAAUUCUACCGAUAGAAAGCAAACCGAAUUAUUGGCAUCUGAAUAUAUGGAUACAAUUAUAGAAGUAAAUGAGGGAGAUAUUAAAGAGAACAAUGAAAAUAAUCCCGAAAAUUGCUUUUCAUCUGAAAAUGAAAGUGACUUAUCUAGCAGCUGGGCUACAUCAAAAGAAUCAGAAGAACUAAUUCCACGAGAAGAAUUUGAGGAUAUCUUUGAAUCAUCUACAACCAACCUCAAUAAUUAUGCCGCCACAAGCACAGAACAUCAAGGUGGAAUAUAUGAGAUUUGCUCAUCCGAAAUAUGUCUAACAUAUGGCGAAUUCCCGUAUUUGACAGAUAAAGAUAAAUCAGGAAAUAAAAAAUUGUGUGAUGGAUCUUAUACUGCAAAAGAAAAUAAACUAAAUUGGUUCGUGGGUACAGAACCAAUUGAAACAUCGGUGGAGCUAUAUAAAAAUGAUACACCUUUAGGUUUUACUGCUUUAUCUACCAAUCAGUCGAUGAUCAGUAGUUAUAAUGUAAUAGUACCCACUUUAGAAGACUCUGUUAGUACUACUAAUGUUACAGCUGCAGUAACUCUUUCCAUGGAUGAGUCACAAAGAGAAGUUCAUCAAGUUUCUAAUCAUGUUUUCACAGGAUUGGAUAAUUCAGGCGAAACGGUUUUGUUGGAUAACGAAGACGGUAAACCAGAGCUUUUGACAUCAAUUGAAACUCGUGUUCCUUUUGAACACUUACAAGAAUUUGCAAUGGAACAAGGCUCUAUAUCAAUUAAGGAGCAAGAGAAAAAUGAUAAUAAUGGAGUGAAUUCCUUUUUUCAAGUACCUAAAACUGACGAGAUAGUUGAACAAAUGCAACAACAACUACUGUAUAAGGAGAAUUCCUUUGAUUUAGACAACAACAAAGAAAGGAAAUAUUUCGAAGAACAUGCUAUUUCGUUACUGGAAAACCUGUUAGAAAGUAAACAAAGUACUCCUGAUUCAGAAGACGAAAUGAUUGUAGUUAACCAUACUGAUAACGAUGAGACCCGCGGAAGUUCGGCACUAAGUGAUUUUUUAAUCAUUGGCCAAAUGUCAUAUGAAGAGUUUGAUAACGCAUUAAAACCUGAUAUCCCAGACAGUCUUUUAGAACAUGAAAUCUCUCAAUAUGAUUUACUACAAAGCCAUAAAAGUAAUAAUAUAAAAGACCACAGCAGCCUACAUUUAGACGAAAUUACGGCCGAAAAUAUUAGACUCAAAAUGCUUGCAUCUUCACUAUCAGAAGCUGAACCAAGAAUAUCCAAAGCUGAUAUGUGGAACCAAAAUAAUACCCAUAAUAGGGGAACUAAGCUAUGGAGCUCCAACGUAAGCACAACACUAACCGAUACAAAUGGCACCUCGACUGACACUGAUACAACAAUAAUUGUCGAUACAACUAAAUUACCGAAGGAAAAUGAAAUACUAGAAAUCGCUACAGCACUGCCUGAUCACGUGGGAAUCAAUGAAAUGGAUCAAGACGAAGCUGCUGCGCGUCGCAUGGCUUUCCAAAGAGGUAAUGCUCUGCAGAAUGAUUCGAUACCAGACGAAACCCAUUAUUUUUAUUCAGCAGAUGAACAACAGAACAUAUGUAAACGAAAAUCUGAUUUCUAUGCAAAAGCAAAUUUUUGCCAACAAAGAACAAAGUUUAGAUUUCGUAGUCCCCAAGGAACUUUUCUGAAGCUAAACAUAACAACCAACUAAAGGACAUAUGUAUAUAAAGUAUUCUACGGCUUUGCGGGGGAGCAGAAGACUAUGGACGAACUGGGAUGGAAAAGUGAAUAUAUCAAUCAAGCAAGCUUCGGAGCAUGGAAUAUUUGCGCACCCUAAGAAAAGUCAAGACCAAAAGCAAUGGAUUUAUUUUGAAAUUGAAGUUAAAUUAUUAACUAUUUCGCAACAAAUAUUGAAAUGUAUUUGAAAACUUACGUUAAAAAAUAAUUAAAAUCAAUUUUUCAAUUCAAUUCGAAUAUAAUUAGACAGAAUCAGCUGUUUCUGUUAACAUUAUUUUGUUUCCCACACGUGUGGGGAAAAGCUAUGCGUAUUGAAGCAUUUUAUUUUAUCAAAAUUGUCACAGAAUACCAAAAAAGUUCUUACAUGAUAAAAAUCUGAAAAAAUUUUAAACUUUUUUGUUAUUUUGUCAAGUGCACAGAAUAGGGCUGUAUAUGUACGUAAAUCUUUUAAAAAAAGAUUAUUAUAAAAGUUUCACCAUUACAGAAUUCGAACGUAAAUGUUCGGGACCGCAUUUCUUUAACUCCUUCGCGCUUACAAUUUGCGCUAUAAGGAAAAUGGAAAUGCGCGCGCCUUAAGUAGCACGUAGACGAUCAAUAUUAUUGAUCAAUACGUAUUGAAGGGCAUAUUGAACGUGUACGAGGGCUUCAAACAUAUUGAUGGCCCUAUAUGAUUAUUGAAGCAUAUUGAUAGGAUUUUAUAUUGAAGCAUAUUGACGGCGACUAUAUUGAGGAUGGGAUCAUGUGUAGAAGUUCACGCAAGUGAGGAAAGUUUUUGAUUGUUAUUCACUUGGGAGUGGCCAGAAACGAUUCUUCUCCACAUGGUUCAAGCAGCUCACGACUUCCGGUUUUAGACCAAGUAUCCUCUGGGUACCCAACAGACAUCCGUUUGAAGGCGAGCUAAAGUGAGAAGGCGAAGCCCGCUUAUGCGGUUGUGCGUAGGGCUUGGGACCCACCACAUAAAAACGAAGUACCAAUGAAAUAUCUACGAAAGCCUCGGAUGAGACACCCCCCUUUUGAUGACGACCCCUGCAA